AUGAGUCGAAUGAGCUUGAUUCAGUUGUCCGCAAUCCCUACAUCCGAGCUCGAUGGUGGUGUUUUCAGCACUGAAGACAUUAUUGUAGGACUGAUCCUAGGUAUACUCUUGGCGCUGAUGACCUCAUUUCUUCAAGGAAGACGAUCACAGAAUGACUUUGUCCUAUGGGAAAACAAUAAGGAACGAGAGGAGUAUAAUAAUACGAAACCAUCACUGUCAUCCGCGACAGCAUCAGCUUUACCUAUAGACGAAUUGGAAUGGGAUUUUGCUACCAACUCGACUACGAUCACAGAGCCAUCAGCAAUAAAUGAUUUAUCCAUCCAAGAAUCUCGUUCGACCGUCUUCGAUGGCAAUGACUGGAAGGAAAUGAGCCGUCCCGAAAAUUAUGUAUUCUAUAAUCGCAAUCUGAAGAAGAAGAAAAAGAAGAAAGAGGAGGAGGAAUCUCCAGAAGACUCGGAACAAAUUGACGAGCAAAGGUGGAUAGUACUCGCCCUGCUGGUUCUCUUUGUUCCCAUCUUUUCGGUCGAGUUCUUCUUUGCCCUCAGUCGGCAAAUCCUGUGUGGUGGAGAUACCAAUGGACUCCUUUCAUCAAUGGAUGCAGCUCAAUUUCUCUGUUCACCUGUCCGAUAG